CACCCCGCCAACACCCCGGCAACACCCCGGCCCUCCCGGGGCGCAGCGGCGCGGAGCCGCCGCGGGAGGGCGCCACGGGAGGGCGGGCGGGGGCGGUGCCUUCCCCCGCCCCGUCCCGGCUCGUCGCGGCCGCAGCCCGGCGGAGCAACGCGCAGCAGGUGCCCGUGGGAGACGCAGUGAGCCGGCAUGGCGCAGCCCAACGCGCCCCCUUACUACGAUGACAAGAACCCCCUCUACCCCCCACCCCCGGGGGGGUACCCCCAGCCCCCCCACUAUCCUGGGGGGUACCCACAGCCUGGGGGAUACCCUGCAGCAGGAGGGUACCCGCAGCCAGGGGGGUACCCAGCAGCAGGGGGGUACCCCCAGCCAGGGAUGGCCAUGCCCACCAUGCCCGUUCGGUUCGGUGACGAUGGCAUCGGGAAUGGCUCCCCCAUCCAAUCGGCUGAUUGGGAUGACAGGAAAGUCCGGCACACCUUCAUCCGCAAGGUCUAUGCCAUCAUCUCCCUGCAGCUGCUGGUGACGGUGGGGAUCAUUGCCAUGUUCACCUUUGUCUCCCCCGUCCGCUCCUUCGUCCGGAGGAACGUCGCUGUCUACUACGCCUCGUACGUCGUGUUCCUGGUGACCUACCUGGUGCUGGUCUGCUGCCAGGGUCCCCGGAGACGCUUCCCCUGGAACAUCAUCCUGCUGAGCAUCUUUACGCUGGCCAUGGGGUUUAUGACAGGGACAAUAGCCAGCAUGUACGAGACCAGUGCUGUCCUGAUUGCCAUGCUCAUCACUGCCAUCGUGGCCAUCAUUGUCACCAUCUUCUGCUUCCAGACCAAGGUUGAUUUUACAUCAUGCCCGGGGCUCUUCUGCGUGCUGGGCAUUGUGGUCAUGGUGACUGGGAUCGUCACCGCCAUCGUCCUCUCCUUCAAAUAUGUCCCCUGGCUCCACAUGCUCUAUGCAGCCAUCGGCGCCAUUGCCUUCACCCUGUUCCUUGCCUACGACACCCAACUUGUGCUGGGGAACAGGAAGAACACGCUGAGCCCCGAGGAGUACAUCUACGGUGCCCUGACCAUCUACACUGACAUCGUCUACAUCUUCACCUUCAUCCUGCAGAUCGUGGGCCGGGAUUAGCCCUGGGACCCCUCCGGUGUCCCCUGUUGUCUCCCCGCACUGCCCUUCACCCCCUCCUCUGGCCUCUGUACAGGAUACGGCCGCUUACUAUGUCUCCUAACGCUUUGGCAUCCCUACCCGUAGGCUGCUAAGGAAAGGGCUUCCCUUGAUCACCCCCCCACAAGCCUUCCAGGGCAGUGGGGGGGGACUGGCUGCCGGUGUUUAGGCAGUGCCUGGCCUCAGCACCACUCGCCAAGGCUGUGCUGGCGGUGCCGGGCUGGCAACAGAGCACCAUGGUCCUGCCUGGGCCUGGGGAGCUGUCAGCAGCCACUGGGAUCGUGAUAGGAUUUUUUUUGGCAGAGCCUGGUCGGUAUCAUUCACUCGGUGCCUUAAAUGCGGCUCCGGCCGUGCCCCCCUCCCCAAGCUGCGGCAGUGCCUGGUGCAGGCGGGGGCGCAGCUGGGACCCCCAUGGCGGGACUCGUGGCAGAGCUCACGUCGCAGAGGCUCCGCAGCUACGGGUGCGGGCAAAGUUGCACUUCCUAAAUAAAACACUUUAAUUUUCCAGACGG